AUGGAAUCAACAACAACAAUUGUUAGGGAGAGUGCAGUACUUGAUGCUUUGAGAAAUGCCAUACUAUCGUUGAAUUCAACAAUUCACGGAGGAAUCGACGAACAAAGUUCUUUCUUAUACCGAUCAAUCCUACAUGACACCUCAUUAAACUCCAAAGAAAAAUCCGCUGCAUUAAUUCAACUAAAUCAUUUGGUGGAUGUUUAUAAAGUGUCGUUUAAAGAUGGUCCAAACGAAGAAUGGUUACCUGAAAGCCACUCGUUAUAUCGCUCCGGUCCAAAAGAUGUCAUAUUAAAACGUCUAGACAAUUUCAAAAAUCAUGGAAAUGAUUGGUUUGAAGAGGCCGAAUCAUAUCUUACAUUAAAUAUGAAACUGGGAUAUGUUGUAACAUGUUACGGUAUCACCAAAGACCCAACCACAUCAGACUACAUGAUCGUCAUGCGUAAAAUGGAUUAUGACUUGAAAGAGUUUGUUAAAGACAAUGCCAACAAUGUUUCAAAUUUGAGUUGGUCAAAAAAAUAUAGUAUAAUAAAGAAAAUCGCUGAUUGUCUAUUACAUAUUCAUGAAGCAAAUUCCAUACAUAAAAACUUGCACUCUGGAAAUGUUUUGUAUUCUAGUGAAUUGAAAGAUUGGAAGUUGGAAAUACUUGAUCGUUAUUAUGGCGAAGACAAAUUUGAAGCUGAUGAAGGUAUUGAAUUAUUAGAAAGAAAAGAAGAACCAUGUUUAAUGCAAUCAAGUAGAUUGUAUAGAUUUAAAAAUUUACCAAAGCCCAGAAAUGCAAAUAGUAGUAAUAGCGAUAAUAACAACAAUAGCAACCAACAAAUUGGUUCUUGUCAUAAAAGAAAUUAUAGUUUUCAAUUCUCCGAAGAUAUUUAUACUGUCUCAUAA